AUGCUGCUGCUGCUGCCUCUUUGGCUGCUGCUGCCGGAGCUGGUGCUCCUGGUGCCGGCGCAGAAGUUCUCCGCGCUCACGUUUUUAAGAGUGGAGCAAGACAAGGACAAAGAAUGCAGCGUGGAAUGUGCGGGAUCCUCUCAGAAGUCUUUGUGUGCUUCCGAUGGCAGGACCUUCCUGUCCCGGUGUGAAUUUCUACGAGCCAAAUGCAAAGAUCCUCAGCUAGAAAUCGCCCACAAGGGCAACUGCAAAGAUGUUUCAAGAUGUGUGGCAGAGAGGAAGUACACUCAAGAACAAGCACGCAAGGAGUUCCAGCAAGUGUUUAUUCCAGAAUGCAAUGAUGACGGCACUUACAGCCAGGUACAAUGCCACAGUUACACAGGCUACUGUUGGUGCGUCACCCCUAAUGGUCGUCCAAUCAGUGGUACAGCUGUAGCACAUAAAACUCCACGUUGCCCAGGUUCUCUAAAUGAAAAGCUACCACAACGUGAAGGUACAGGAAAAACAGAUGAUGCCUCUGCUCCUGCACUGGAGACUCAGCCCCAAGGGGAUGAAGAAGAUAUAGCUUCUCGUUACCCCACAUUAUGGACUGAGCAAGUAAAAAGCAGACAGAACAAGACCAACAAAAAUUCUGCAGCAUCAUCCUGCGACCAAGAACUUCAGUCAGCAUUAGAAGAAGCUAAACAACCCCAAAAAGACAAUGUGUUCAUUCCCGAGUGUGCUAAUGGUGGCCUUUACAAGCCAGUGCAGUGCCAUCCUUCCACAGGAUAUUGCUGGUGUGUCCUUGUCGAUACAGGACGCCCAAUCCCUGGUACAUCAACAAGAUAUGAACAGCCCAAGUGUGAUAACGGUGCCAGAGCUCAUCCAAGCAAAACAAAAGAUUUGUUCAAAGGGCGCCAGCUUCAAGGUUGUCCCGGAGCCAAGAAGAACGAGUUCCUGACCAGUGUUCUGGAUGCACUCUCCACAGAUAUGGUACAUGCAGUCUCCGAUCCUGCAGCAUCUUCCACCAGGCAUUCAGAACCAGAUCCAAAUCACACCCUGGAGGAGAGAGUUGUCCAUUGGUAUUUUAAACAACUGGAUAAAAAUAGUAGCGGUGACAUUGGCAAAAAAGAAAUCAAACCAUUUAAGAGAUUCCUGAGGAAAAAGUCGAAGCCCAAGAAAUGUGUGAAAAAGUUUGUGGAAUACUGUGAUGUGAAUAACGACAAAUCCUUAACAGUUCCAGAACUAAUGGGUUGCCUGGGUGUAACAAAAGAAGACAACAAAGCAGACACAAAAAAAUGCCAUACUCCAAAAAAUAAUGCCGAAAGCACCACUUCCAAUAGGCAGCAAACUUCAAAGAAACAAGGUUGAACACUUCAUAUCCAAGGCAGAUCUCUCGGACAUGUGGGAGACUUCUUUACCAAAAGGCAAUAAGAAACAAAAACAACCGUAGUAUUUGCACUUUGUACUUUAAAUGUAAAUUCACUUUGUAGAAAUGAGAUAUUUAAACAGACAUUAAAAAAAAUCUGUGAAAAUGUAGUAACAGCUUGUUUUAAACAAUUAUCACAUACAAUGUAUGUGUCUUUUGUUGUUGUCUGAAAUCUGUACGUGUUGGAGGUGUAAAAGUUUGCAUUUAAUCUGUUUUUGAAAGAAUAAUGUUCUGUCAGACAUUAACAUAGAAAAUAGCCUGGUAGUAUUUUUCUUGUCAGUAGUACCGCUUGUUUUCUGCAUAACUAUUAAUAAAGUUAAUGGGGUUAUACUGAAAACCAGCUUGAUUUGAAGUCUGCUGUUACUCACAAUGUUACUUAAUCUGUGUUUGAGGUUGCAUGUUCCUAAAUCCAAAUAAAGGAUUGGAAAUUGACGUUGCCUUCUUAGGCACCUUAUAUAAGCACAGAGGCUUUUCUCUGGUGGUUAGGGUAUUGUUGUUUUCCAAAACUUGUGUUGGCUUUCUCCAGAGCACAAUUCUACAUCAAGAAUGCAACCACUAAUGGAUUUUUUUAAAAAACGAAAUAAAACAAAAAAAAACUUUUAUCUUUUUGUAUUUAGAUUCUUGUAGAACUUUUUUCCUUUUUUAUUUUUAGAAGACAUCAGUAUAAUAUAUGUUUAUUUUAUUUUCAAUUCCUUUUUCAAUUUUUGGAUGGUUUAGUCAGCCAACAAACUGACAGGAAGUUCAUUGUGUCACUCAAAAGUGAUCCUGCCAAGCCCUUGAAUAGGCAUAAUAAGGCAAUAAAGGGGCACAUUUGUUCAGUAUUGUAAAUCUAAUUAUAAGGAGACAAAGAAGGCAAAGCAGGCUUGUCAGUCUUUACUGUUCCUUACACUUGGCUGGGUUGUGAUAUGUGACUCGCAGUGCCCCAGGAUCUACAAAGGUAAAACUAUCACUUGAACAAAUUAUGAACAGUUAUGGUUAGGAGAUGCAAUCAGUGCAAGCUCACCCUUAAGGCAUCCUUCUUGCCAUCUGGGAGAUGUUCUUACAAGUUUUCAUACCUUUCUUAUCAUUCAGAGGUAGGUUGUUGUUGUUUUCACCCCUUUCCUGGAAUGCCUUGAGGGAGCAAGAACUUGCAGAUGUGAACUUCACAGCAAAAGAUUUGAAAGAACAAAAAUAAUAAUAAUAAAGAACUUUAGUCUUUGGACAGCAAUAAAUUAUCAGCAGCCAGGGAGAUCAAUGCACAGGGUAGACAGAUUGUGGAUGUAAAAAAAAUACAAAAUAGAAAAUGGUGAAGUGGACCAUUGGAAUUGUAAUAAUGAACAGUGAUCUCUUUAGUUCAUUAAAACAAGACAUGCUGAACAAUGUGUAGAAUAACUGUUGGCAAACAUGUUCUGACUCAGCCUGUGUUGCAUUUAUAUCUGCAUAUAUAGCUGCAUGAUAAUAUGCUGCUGGAUGACUUUGUCUACAAUGAAAUUGAGAGAAAGAAAAAGAAAAGGCUUGUGGAAUUGAGCAAAAGAAAUAAAAAGUCUGCAGCCAGAGCAGAAGGGAACAAAAAUGCUAAUGUAUGCUUAUCUUUGUUAAAAGGAAAAACAAAAAACAUUUUUUUACUCAGAAUGUAUUUGAUAACUUUUUAUAAUGCUAAACUAUGAAUUUAAUCUGUUUAGAUUAAAAUGUAGUCUGCUAUGAAACUUA